CUUCCUUGCCAGUCACCUCACCUUGGCCAUCCCCAUCAUUGCAGCCGUCCUCUUCUUCUUUGUCAUCAGCUGCCUGCUCCAGACAAGCUUCAGAGAUCCAGGUAUCCUGCCCAGAGCCACCCCAAGUGAGGCUGCAGACCUGGAAAAGCGGAUCGACAGCAUGGGUACCUCUACCUAUCGCCCGCCGGCCCGCACAAUGGAAGUGGUCAUAAAUAAAUAUGUGGUGAAGCUCAAGUACUGCUACACCUGCAAAAUGUUCCGCCCUCCACGCACCUCUCACUGCAGUGUCUGCGACAACUGUGUCGAGAGGUUUGAUCAUCACUGCCCCUGGGUGGGCAACUGCGUGGGGAAGCGCAACUAUCGCUACUUCUAUGCCUUCAUCCUCUCCCUCUCCUUCCUGACAGCCUUCAUCUUCGCUUGCGUCGUCACUCACCUCACUCUGCGCUCUCAGAGAGAUGGAUUCCUCGUCACUCUGAAGACGACACCUGCAAGUGUGCUGGAGCUGGUGAUUUGUUUUUUCUCAGUCUGGUCUAUUUUGGGCCUCUCAGGUUUUCACACUUAUUUAGUCGCCUCCAACCUGACGACGAACGAAGAUAUCAAAGGGUCCUGGUCAAAUAAGAGGGGCUCAGAAUUUGCCAAUCCCUACAGCCAUAAAAGUAUCCUCACAAACUGCUGUGCAGUGCUGUGUGGACCAUUCCAUCCCAGUUUGAUAGACAGAAGAGGAUUUAUCCAGCCAGAUGUCGGGACCCCGUCCAGUCCUAAGAGCGAAAUCCCUUCCUUUGGAGCCAAAACUGACACCAGCAUGGUAGGAGGCAUUCCCUAGCAGUGCUGUGAUGUAGCCCAGUGCCUGCUGUGCCUGCACCUCGCUCCAGCCAGUACCUUCCCCUCUUACCAUCUCCCUGGCCUCAGGUGGGACAGCCCUGUGAUGCAGAGCUGCCAAAGACUCAGUUGAGCCAUAAGUUGCCUUUUUUUAAUUUUUAUUUUUACAUUUAUUUAUUAUUUUUGUUUAAUUGUUUCACUG